CUCCACAAUUUUUGUCCAAAAUAAGUAAAGGGUACAAGUUUUUGAAUGCGAUUUUAGAUAUUAACCAAAUUCUGAGUACGAUUCUGCAGCAGAAGGAAUCGGAACAUCGGAGGGUGCUUGACGAAAAUGGCUGCUAGGGUUUCGGUUGCAAAUCCGGCAAUGAGGCCGCGAUUUUUUCAGAAUUUCCGAUCAGCUAUUCUUCUUCCCCAACGUAAUUCUAGAUUAUUGCUAUUUAGGACUUCGGCUUUCUCUUCUUCGUCUUCUUCAGUGACGAGGAAAUUGAUACUGUAUUCGAAGCCUGGAUGCUGUUUGUGCGAUGGCCUGAAAGAGAAGCUCGAUGCUGCCUUCGCUCUCCCCGGCUCGAAUUCGCUAUCGGAUGUCCAGUUGCAGAUAAGGGAUAUCACUAGCAAUCCAGAGUGGGAGAAGCUUUACCAGUAUGAAAUACCUGUGUUGGCUAGAGUUAUGGACGAUGGCACAGAGGAGACAUUGCCGAGAUUAUCUCCUCGGCUUGGUGUUGAGCUUGUCCGGAAGAAAAUCGCAGCUGUAUUUAAUCAGUAGAGGCAUUACUGGUACGUCUUACAACUUGUAUUCUCAGCCUGCAAAUGAUCACCUUGUUUUAUGACUCUAUUUGAGUCUGCUUGCCUGUUACGAGCUAACAUUCUUUCCAAUAAAACAAUUAACAACUAAAAGAUAAUUAGAUUAUUAAACUUACCAACAAGUCUGAUGUGUUCGUGCAAUUAUUUGUUCUGUGUGUUACUUUUUUAGAAGGAUAAAAUAGUAAAUAAAUAUUUUAAGGCAUAUGCUAGUCACUUGUUUCUGUUAAUUACUAAAGAGUGAUUAGAAUUAUGAAGUGAGGUGUUAUUUGAAAAGAAAAUCAGGAAUGACUAUAAAAAAUUUGACU